AUGGGCGUUGGUCGUUGUGUUGUCUACGCGAUGCUCGUGGUUCUGCUUCACAUUCGUCCUCUGGCUGGAGCUGAAGCUGAAGCUCGCCUCGUCAACAUACGCACAUCCUCUCUGCUUGCUUCGUUCGGCGCGUUUUUCGUCCUUCACGAUAGCCUCUCUUUUCUCUUCUGCCCAUCUGCGCAGCAGGCAGCGCCCUGUUUUCCCUUCGUUUUCCCGCUUUUGAUUCUCCACGCUGUUUUCACGAUGCCGAUUCGCCGUGGAGCGCCACGCGCGGCGAAGCUGGCCAUUACUGCGAGGCUUGGGGCUGACGAUGAGCAGAGGAAAGUCAAGGUCGUUACGGACCAGCACGUCAUCGACAAGCCUUCACCCGUGGCAGAGUUUCCCAUGCGGCAAUGGAGCUUGCGGCUUCACCUUGUAGACGAGGACGGCAAUGAGCGGCCCGCCGACGUCUUCACCAAGGUUGUCUACAACCUGCACCCCACAUUCGAGAACCCCGUCCAGACCUUCACCAAGCCCCCCUUCAUCUGCUCCAACGAGGGCUGGGGCGAGUUUGAGAUUGGCAUCGACCUCUACACCACGGAAAAGACCAAGCUGGCCCCCAUCAUCCACGAUCUCAACUUCCAAAAGGAAAAGUACGAGGUCACCCACACCGUCGUCUUCAAGAACCCUUCCCAGGCGCUCCAGGAGAGGCUCCGCGAGACUGGGCCCCUGCCUUCCGACGAGGAGCGGCCUAAGAAGAAGGGCCUCGUCAGCAAAAAGGGCGCUCAAAAGUACGACUACGAGAAGAUUGCCGAGGCCCUGGAGAAGCUCGAGGAGGAGGACCUGCUGCGCGUCAUCCAGCUGAUUAACGAGAACAAGGGCCCGGAUACGUAUAUCCGAAGCGAUGUGGAAGCUGGCGAAUUCUCCAUCGAUCUGUACACCAUGCCGGAUGCGUUGACAACGAAGCUCUGGGAGCACCUGUCCAAGAAGGGUCUUGUCGCCUAG